AGUCGUUAAGGUUACGUUUCUGUCGUUCACUUCGAUCCCGCGCCUCUUGUUCGCCGCGCCGCUCCGUCAGAGUAUUCGUUCUUUCGAAGUCGCGUACUUGUGGUGUUCAGGACAUUCGCCCGACCGCCGUCCGUGCCCGGUGAACCGAUUUACCAGUACUUACCUGCGGCGAUUCACUGCACAACCAGUAAUCCUCCUACGACAGUCUUUUCGACAUCCGUCAGAAUGUCUGCAGAAAACGAAAUUGCUGAUUCUUCAUCUUCCGGUUCUGAAAUGGAACAAGACACUCCACUUAAGCAUAAAUCUGGUUUUAAAGGAGAAGGUGAUGAUAUAAUGCCGAAUCUUCCACCAAUAGUCAAAAAACGUGUCAAGGCUUUGAAAAAGUUACUUGUAUCACAAACUGAUGUUGAUACAAAAUUCUACACUGAACUUCAUGUUCUUGAAUGUAAAUACCACAAAGAGUAUUUGGCAUAUUAUAAUAAGCGAAGUGAUAUAGUUCAAGGAAAUUAUGAGCCUACCGAAGAAGAAUGUGAUUUUCCUUCUGACGAAGAAGAUGAUGUUAAGGAUCUCUCUACAGAUAUGGAAGGAAAAGUUAAACUUGAGGAAUCUAAAGUUAAUGAUGGUAUAGUAGACAGUACUAGCGACAAAUUGAAAGGCAUUCCAGACUUUUGGCUUACUAUUUUAAAGAACACAAGUCUCAUCAGUGAUAUGAUUCAACCCCAUGAUGAACCUAUUCUUAGUCAUUUGACAGAUAUCAAAGUUUAUCUAUUAGAAGAACCCAUGGGUUUUGCUUUGGAAUUCCAUUUUUCUCCUAAUGAAUGGUUUACCAAUACUGUAUUAACUAAGGAAUACGAAAUGAAAUGUGUACCCGACAAGAACAAUCCAUUAAGUUUUGAGGGACCUGAAAUUUUCAAGUGUAAAGGUUGCACUAUUCAAUGGAAUAAAGGAAAGAAUGUGACAGUGAAAGUAGUCAAAAAGAAACAAAAGCAUAAGGUUAAGGGUGCUGUUAGAUUCGUUAACAAGACUGUACAAAAUGUAUCAUUCUUCCACUUCUUCAGUCCUCCUACUGUACCAGAUGAUCCAGAAACUGAAGUUGAUGAAGAAAUUGAUAAUUUAUUGACAACAGAUUUUGAAAUUGGCCAUUACAUUCGUGAAAGGAUAAUUCCUAGAGCUGUGCUGUACUACACAGGUGAAGCAUUAUUGGAAGAAAAUGAUUAUGAUGAAGAUGAUGAAGAGGAAGAGUCUGAAAAUGACGAUGACGAUGAUGAUGAAGAUGAAGAUGAAGGAACUGUUAACGAUCCUGAGUACAAUCCACGUCAAGAUAAACUGAUAAAUAAACAGGUCAACCCAGCUGAAUGCAAACAGCAGUAAAUUGUAAUAGCGUUAAAACCACAUGUGUACUCACUACUCGUUUUACAAAUAAAUAAAAAUUUAAAAAAAAAACUUCACUCAUAAUAAGUAAGUCCACAAGUUUUUGAGAUUAAGCCUUCAUUCAUUGUUAUGUGAUCAGUUGAGUAUGAAAUAUUAAGUGUAUUUUAUACAUUUCUUUAACUUUAUACACUAAUAAAACUAUUUUUAUAUUAUUAUAUAUAUAUUUUUUUUUAUUACCAGAAGUUUGUACUAGUAGAAUACAUAUUAUGGGUAUUCAGUUAUAUAUGGCUAAAUUUUUUUUGUACCAUGUUGAUAUUAAUUGAUAGGUAGGUCAAUGACAUUUGGGAGAAUAGUAGUUUUAGACUGAUUUUUCAAGAUCUAGGAUAUAGAAAAAUAGCGUACACUAACCAUGUAAAAGUUACCUAUAUCUAUUCUGAAAAAAAUUCAGAUUUUAAAUAUCCUUUGAUGUAGUUGUAUAAAUUAUAGUGUCAUUAACUUAUUUAACAAUGUGAAUGCUCGACAAUUUAUUUUUUAUUUAUUUUUGUGUAAAAUUGGUCUCCCAUAUUGAAAUAUAGCCAUUUCCUAAUCCCAGAAAAAACUAAUUUUAAUGAAAUAACGUGUUUUGUUGUCUGUUGGGUUCCUUCGAUUAAAUAUGUCCUUCUGGGGAUCAACCAAAGCUAAGAAAACAAGGGUCCUCUAUUUAAGUAAUUAGGAAUUUGCAUCCCGAGGAGAACAAAAAGAAAUAAUUCAAUAAACAAUUUUCAAAAUAACCUAACCUUACUUUUAAGCAGUUAAAUCUAAAAUCUUAAAUGUUCAUGUUCAUGAUCGGUAUUUCUAUUGUAUCAGAUAUCUUUUGUGUGUGUUAGUCCAGUAUGUGAUGUAUCUAUGGAAAAAGGGUAAAUACUAAAUACUUAUAUUUGAAGUUUUAUUUUAAGCAUUUUAGUUUGUUGACUUAUCGUUAUAUUGUAGGUAUAUGUAAUUUAAAGUGGGUAUUUAUCUUACAAAAUAUUUUAUUGGCUUAUUUUAAAUAUUGUUAAACAUUUUAAUGUAAUGAGUUAUUCCUCUCAAUUAUAAUAAUUAGUACUGGCUUCAAUUUUUACAAAAUUUAUCAAACAAUUAAAAUUGUGUGACAUUUAAGGAUCUAUAUCUAUAUUUUUUUACAUGUUAUUAUGAGAUAUUAAUAAACUAUUGACUAUGCUACUAUUAA